AUGGAAGACGCUUCCUGCAGCGGCUCGACGCCCUUUAAGCGUCUCGUCGACCACCAGUCCCGCGAUUCUAGCCACCACCAAGACAGACAUGUGAGCCGAGGGGCUUUCGGCCAGAAUUCUUUCCGCUCUUCACCGCUGCAUCCCGCUCAGGGCCAGCAAGAUGGCUUCGGCGCAUUCAUGGGCAGCGCGUCUGCCCUGCCCGGCUUUGAAAGCGAUCCCGCCACCAGACUGACGGCCUCGCUGCCCUUUGCACAAGUUGCACCGGCAGCAGCUCAUCCUAGCUUUUCCAGUCCCGCGCCGAUGCAGAUGCAGGCAUCAGGUGCGAGCAGCUGGGCAACCGACUUUAACCGCUUCACGGCGCAGCAGCAACGAGCGCCUUCAGCAACGCACAUGGCGGCACCAGCUCGCCAGAUGAGCCAUUCGCCUGCUCAGUCCAACUUCCAGUCCAGCUAUCAGCCUAGCUUUGCGCAGCCAAACUUUGCUGCUGCGUUUGGUGGCUCGUCCAUGUUUAGCCCACCUGCUGCCGCAACAGCAAGGGAGCCGGAUUUCGACCAGGAAAUGUCGCGCUGGAUGUCGACGCAUGGAGGAGGCAACAUGACCGAGGUGGAUGCCGCCAUGGAGCAAAUGGCCCGCGAACUAGAGGAAAACGAAGCCAUCGCCGCUGCAGUCGAAGCCUCAAAGCAGACACAUCUCGAAGAGCCCGAAAUCGGCAACUUAUCGCUAGACUCAAAGGAACCCGAAGCCGAGCUCGCACCAGUCAUGGAACAAGAGCCGCAGCUGGAGCCAGAGCUAGAAAAGGAACAAGUAGACACCCAGCUCCCGAAAUCAGCUGUCGCCGAGGCCGCCGAGAAGCUCCUCGACUGCGUCAAGCACGAGAGCGGCGAGAAGUGGCAAAAUUCCAUCUUUUUGUCCCUGAUGCGCGACUUCCGCGACGGCAGGAAGGACAUUGUGGGCGACGAGAUUCGGUCGACGACGGGGGAGACGACGCCUGCUCCUGCGGUCCAGCCUGUUGCGACUUGA